ACGACAGUCAACCGUAAGCGACAGUGAAAGUAUCUUUAAAUUUCCUAGUUUUGUAUUUUUUUAAACAAUAAUCCUGAAACUGGUAAUUAACCAUGCACACUCUUGUUUAUUCAUUUGUGUUAGUUUAAUGUGAACUCUACUUAUUACAAAACGAGUGAUCAUCUUUUUAGGUGGCUAAAGCUUUAGGCCGCCGAGGAUUGAUAGCAGGCCUGUUCUAUAUGUUAAACCCGUUUGAGCGUUCGCAUGAUAAAUUCGGAGUUGCGUUUCAAAUUUAAACAAUAUUUUACGGCUUCCAAAACCUUCUUAUAUGGUGAAAACCGUUAAUCGUUGCGAUAUAACUGUAAACUUCCGCUACUGCCGACAAGCGUUUGUAUAUGCUCUUAGUUAGCAAUUGGCGUCUUUUUGUUAUACCACAGUAAGUAUAUGAAAUUACUUGUUUCUAGUUUAUAAACAGUGAAAUUCACCAUUAGCACCCUUGAUGAUGUGUUUGGCUGAUUGCUAUACCUGAAAGUUUUUUUUGUUUGGGUGAAGUACACUUGUAAGUGUUUUGGUGUGUGUGUUGUGGUCUUUUGUUAAUUCAAAUGCCUUGUUGUCCAAUCUGUUUACUAUUGUAAACCCUGGAUUAGGUUAAUAGUAGUACUUCCAAAUGCAGCCCAGAUGUAAAUUUCAGAAUGUUGCACUUAUCUGUAUUUUUGUUAAAUAGAUUCAAUUGUUGAAACCCAAUUUCAUAGGGUAAUGUGUUUAGCAAAACAGUAUCUCAAAUUUUGGGUUGUCUUAAAAAUCUAUUCUUAUCUUUGUCAUGAUGAUGUGCCUCUUUGUGGAAAGGAAAAAACAGUCUCCUGAACAAAUGUCUGUCUUUUAUUAACCCCCUCUGAGUUCUGUCAGAAUUUUUUUAUGAUUGGUCUUAGGUUUAAAUUCACACUCUUGGCCAUUUGUGAUGGGAUUCCUGCGACAAAACAUUGAAGAUAAUUUUCUUCAGUGUUGAUAAUCUACAGCUGAAUGUCUUCUCCAGUUUUCUACUGCCAUCGACAAAUGUCACCAAGUAUUCAAAAAUCUUCCAGGCUCAAGAAGAAGAUUUUUUUAUACACCUGCAUUCUGCCCCAAAUUGCCACAAAAGUUUAGCCCUUUUUGAGUUUUUUGUGUGGCUGUAUCCCCCCCGUAUAUAUACAUAUAUAUUUUUUGUAUGCAAUAUCAUGCAACCCUAGUGAAAAAAAAAAUCCCCAAAAGACUUUUGCAGCUACCAUCAGUAAUAUUUAGUACUCUGGUGGAGGUAAACAUGUCUGAGAAAAAGGAUAUCGUAGGAAGAAGUAUCUGUGGGCGAUCCAUCCCUUUUUUCCUCUUAUCUCAUGGAUCAAGUGUUCCUUCAGGACUCUGCUAUUAUUGUUACGGGGACACCCUACCAGCAGUGCUUUCAAAAGAGACGCAAGCAUCUUGGCCACCUCAGGGAGGGUCCUAUUGUUCAGGAGAAGAACCAAUUGCUGAUCUGCUCCAAUUAAAAUCUGUGACAUCUUCGCCUUCUCCAGUUAAGAGUCUACAAGGAAUAACAUGACGAACCAUGGAGAUGACUGCUACUUCUUUUACUAUUCCGUCUGCAACAAAGGAGAUGGGUGUCCUUUUAGACAUUGUGAAGCUGCUAUGGGCAAUGAAACCGUCUGCAGUCUGUGGCAGGAGGGUCGCUGCUUUCGAAGCAUUUGCAAGUUUCGCCACAUGGAAAUCACAAAAAAUAGGAAGGAAAUCCCUUGUUAUUGGGAAAACCAGCCAGCAGGCUGCCAAAAACCACACUGUGCCUUCUCACAUGAAAAACCCCGCUACAUUGAGGGCGUCUUUGUCCCACCUGAUAAAAUUUCAAGCCAUAUGAGUGAGCCGCCAACCGAGGAAUCACCUCCAUCACCAGGCGUUCCCCUCCCAACUGCAGCCAACUCGCAGCUCAGAGGUGUCGUUAAAUCUGAAAGUCAGGAGCCAGUACCCAGCCCAGCCCACCCCCCUGUGGUGAUUAAUGCAGCAGAUGAUGACGAGGAUGAAGAUGAUCAGUUUUCAGAAGGAGAGGAUAUGAAGAGCGAAUCUUCUCCAAGAAAGCUACUGAAGUCAGGCGAUGCACUUAAUUUUGGAGUGAGCACCUUGGAGGAGCUCCGACUUAGAAAAGCUAUUAAAGCAAACAUGAGGAAAGCAGGUUACCCUCUUCAUGACCCUGGAACUUUGACCAGUGGAAAAGAAAAUCUUGAGUCAUUCUCACGACCAGCGCUCUGUGUGACCAAAGAAGAAACGGGCAGACUACGAGGCAGUAUCGUUGAAAGACUUGGGAGAAAGAUGCCCUUCACUGGCGGAGAAGGCUUGCUAAAGAGGAAUCUUUCUGAGCGUCUUGGCAGAGUUUGUAAUAAGGAAGAACCAAAGAGAGAUCCUAAACCAAUUAGAGCAAGGCUUGGUAUGCCUGCUGACUUUGUUGAUCCCACUGACCAAGAUGCACUCACAGAACUGAAGAAAAACCCUGAACAGAUCCGCAUCAAAACUUUGGAAGAGAUCCGACAGGAGAAGGCAGCGAAGUCUCAGUCUCAGACCCAUGCUGAUAGCCCUUCAUUUGUGGGUGGAGCAAGUAAAGCUGGCAAGCGAGCGAUGACGGUCAAAAGUGACUCAAUUGGCCAUGAAAUCUUGCAAACCAAGAAGAAGAGAGUGGAAGACCAGCAGGAGCACAUCCCUUGUCUUAACAAAACAGAUCACAAGUCUGAGAACAUUUUGGACAAGGGCCAGGCUGAGCCAAACACAGCUAAGGCUGAGACCAAAAACUCAGAUGAAGUCAGAGUCAAGACACUGGAGGAAAUCAGAAGAGAAAGAGCAGCAAGAAAAGCUCUCCAGGCCACAAAGGCUGAAACCACCAAACCCAAAGAUGAGGAGAGUAAAAUAACAAAGCCUGGCCUACUUCACAUCAGCAAACCAUCUUCUCCAAACAGCACCAAAACUGAGGAGGUCAUCAAGCCUACUCCAAAAUCGGUGAAAGGUGCUGCCUCCGAGUCUGGCCUCUCCGUAACCAACAGCAUCAAGGUUAAGACAUUUGAGGAGAUCAUGCGCGAUAAGCGUCUUCGAAAGCAAGAACUGGAGGAGCAGAAAAAGGCCCCUGAAGUCUCUCAUAAACAGACUGUUGAAAGUGCGGUGAAAAGGAAGGCUGACAGUUCAGUAUCAACAGAAAGCUCGCUGCCAGCUCCAAAACGAAUCCAGCUCAAAGCAAAGAGUGCACCAACUGUGAACAGUCCUGUUUCUACACUAGUUGACUGUUCUCCACAGAUACAAGAGCACAACGUACAGACCUCCAAAGAAUCCACAGGAGUCCUAGACAAAGCCAUAAGAAAGCCCAUUGUACUGUCACAAGCCAGACAAGCUUCUACUGCUGCUGAUAAAACACAGAAUUUAGAAAAGAAGAAAAGUCCUGAACAUUCAAAAGUGAGGCCUAAACUGAAUGUGAGGCCUUCUGUUGUAAGACCUGCUGCGCCUGUUAAACCAGACCAGAAAAGGCAGAAGACAGAGCGGUCAAUGGUGGCUGCUGUGAAGCCCCUGAACAGCAGCUCCGCAGAGGUCCCGGAGCUUCUACAGGAGCCGGACGUCAUGGAUGAACAGGUUUCGCUGUCUUCCAGCAGUGAAGCUCAGCUGAGCUCUGCUGAUUCUCAGAGUCCCACGCCCCGAUUGGACUCCAGCUCCAGCAAACCGAAAGAGAUCCAGAGUGUUCCAGUCUUCAAACGGAGUCAAAUCAAAGAAACCAAAUCAAUCCUCACUGCAGCUACACCUAUUGAGGCACCUACUCUCCUCCAAGGUCAUCCUCAGAAGACUUCCACUCAAUCGAAAGCACAGAGACAGAGCACCAACGGGUCCCGUCACUCCUCCACCUCCAGUGCUGCUUUCUCCAACUCAGCGAUGGAUGAUUUUGAGCAGCUGAUGAACGAAUUCACUGAUGACCACCUGGAAGAAGAUGUAGACCCUGGCAUUGGAGAGGAUGACCUUCUGCAGGAGCUGUCUGAGAUGAUUGACAGCUGAGCUGUACAUUGUUUAAACAGCUUCGGAUUUCUUUCUGCUACAAACGUGGGCCUGAGUCUCAGAACAUUUGUACGUGUGUUGUCAUUUAGUAUUUUUGUUUUGAAUCAUUCUCAGUUAGUUUUUGUUGAGUUGUUAUUUUCUUUCAUCUACUGUUAUGGGUUCAUUUCUUACCGAUCUUACCAAAGUCUGAUUGGUGUCACGAUGCUUAGUGAACAGCCGCCAUAAUCUGAACCUGACAGUUAAGAAUAGGAAUAUAUAAUGUUUGCUGCACAGAUCACUGGCUCUACUGCAAACUCUGUUUUGUGUUAGUUGUGUUUAUAAUACUGCUGUUGCUCAUGAAUUUAAUGAUAAUUUUAAUGUUUUACCUAAUUUGGCACUCAAAAUCAGCAAUAACCAGAAGCUCUGACCAGUGCCCACAAAAACACCUAAUCACAACAGAACAAGUUGUCGUGUAUGCGUGUGUUAAAACAGGUUGGCA